UCGAAUAAGCAGAUAAGAUAGAUGGUGGAUUAGCUAGACAUGAAAAGUCUAUUAUAAAAAGCCGCGCUAAUUAUUAUUGCGCGCAUUCUUACAAAGUCAAUUACUUGAACUGAAAACUGCAAGAUGUUUACACGAAAGUUACAUAAUGCUGAUCCUAGCAAAGCCACAACAAUACCCGAUCCUGCUGCGCCAAAUUAUCGGCUCGGCGAUUACAGUUAUGGCAAAGAAGGAGUGCGUGUCUUUCAGCUAAAGAAGGAUGGACCACUGCACAGUGUGACCGAGUAUAAAGUGCAAUCACAUAUGCGAUUGCGCACACAUAAGGAAUACUAUGAAGCCGACAAUUCGGAUAUUAUCGGCAGCGAUGUACAGGAGAAUACCAUCUACGUGCAUGCACAAAGACACGGACUACACACACCCGAGGAAUUUGCGCUGACACUAACCGAACAUUUUCUGCAAGAGUAUGAUGUAGUCGCCGAGUCGAAUGUGAUUGUUGAAGAGUUGGCGUGGGAUCGUUUCGGCGAGCAGGAGCGUCAGGGCUACUACAAAGACAAGCGGCAUAAUCAUGCAUUUAUGCGCAACACGAAUGGCACACACAGUUGUGAGGUUGUGAGACGAAGGGGGCUGAGGGUACGCGACUUGAUUCUACGUUCUUUUGCCGGCGAUCCGGUUGAGGGUGUGGUGAUUACUA